UGUCCGCUGGUAGAGCAAAAAAUCGGUUGGCAGCGCCUUCGCCCAGCCCUGGAAAACCACGCCAGUCAUUUUUGUUUUGAUAAGGAUACGGAUACAAAAAGAGCGUGGCGUGGAAAAACUGCAUAAACGGCGGAGAAAGCGCCCCAAAACCGAGCGAAAGCGUUGCAAACUGAACGUAGGGCUUUGCGCGACAAACUGGCCGCCCAUUCGAGCAUCCCCAGGCGCUACGUGGAAGCGUAGGCAGCGUGUGGAGUGGAAGAAGAGGAGGCGCCUGCAGAGAAGAAGAAGAAGCAGCAGCAGCAGUGGAAGUACACAGAAGUGCAAACCAGACGGCUAAAAUAACAAAUCAAAAAGGGGGCCCGAAAAAGGAGCGACAGAGGGGGCGGGGAAUGGCCGAGUGUCGUCGGUGGCUGCCAUUGUAUAACGCCGAUGGGCAGACUGUAGAUCCGCGCUAGGAUCCCCCCAAAAAACUCGAAUACCAUGCAUCUGAACCAUGCGACCGCCGCGACGGCAGCGAUGGCCAACUAUCAGCACUACCAGCUGCCAGCUUCCCAUGGCGGCGGGGGAGGGGGCGGCGGAGGAGGUGGCGGCGGUGGAGGAGCCAAUGGAGGAUCUGGACCUGGACCCAAUUCCGGGCAGCAGCAGCAGCAGGCCACCACCUUGGCCAGCCUGCAGCAGAGCCCCUUCGCCCUGCACCAACUGACCGCCGUGCAGGCCAUCCAGCAUCCCACCCACCAAGCCAUGCUCCAUCCACAGCAUCCGCUGGUCCAUCUCCUGGACAUAUCCACCACAAACGCAAAUAGUGGCAGUGGAGGCGGCGGUAAUCACACGCCCAUUUCGCCCAUGAAACAGGAGGUGCAGAGCGUCAUUAGCGAGGAGGAGGUGGUCGUCGAUGAUCCGCGCAAGAAGAAACAGUGCCACGUGUGCAAGAACAAGUUCCGGCAGCUGACCACGUUACGCAACCACAUGAAGAUCCACACGGACGAGCGGCCCUACAAGUGCAAGCACUGCGACAAGGCCUUCCGCCAGAUCUCGACGCUGACCAACCACGUGAAGAUCCACACCGGCGAGAAGCCGUUCACCUGCAACAUCUGCGCCAAGGACUUUCGCCAGCAGAGCACCUUGAUCAAUCACAUCAAGACGCACAAGGCGGCCGAGUCCAGCACGCCGACGUCCCUGCUGAACUAUCAGCCGCAGACAACGGGCAAACACAGGAAGUCGCAGAUGCACCAGGCCUACCAGCCGCAGCAGCAUCAGCGCGUCCAAAUCUCAAAGACCCUCUACUCCGGCAGCUACAGCUCGCCGGCGGCCGAGGAGCUGGUCAAGCCGUUCCAGUGCAGCGUCUGCAAGCGACGCUUCCCGCAGCUCAGUACGCUGCACAACCACGAGCGGACCCACAUCGAUCCCAAGCCCUACAAGUGCGAGACGUGCGACAAGUCCUUCAGCCAGCUGGCGACGCUGGCCAACCACAAGAAGAUCCACACGGGCGACAAGCCGUACACGUGUUCCUACUGCCACAUGCAGUUCCGCCAGCAGAGCACUUUGACCAACCACCUCAAGACGCACACGCACCAAUUGGGGGCGCCUGGUGGAGCAGCAGGAGGAGCAGGAGGCGGCGGUGGAGGAGCCGUCACAGCCACAGUGGAUCACUCAAUGCCCGCACCUCUGGCGCCCGGAACGCAGCAGCUGACGAGCGGUCUGCUGCCGAACAACCUGCACGGCAGCACGCCGAACAUCAUCCAACUGGACCACCAUCCGCUACUGCAUUUCCUCGAUGGCAGCACCACGGUCAGCUCGGUGGUGGCCACGGCGGCGGCGGCGGCCAAUACCAAGGUGGAGCAUUUCCAGACGGGCAGUUCGCCGCCGGGCCGAAUGACCGUCGUCGGGAACAUCAACAUGCUGAAGGGCGACAAUCCGGAUCGGCCGUUUGGGUGCAGCGUUUGCCAGCGAUUCUUCUCGCAGCAGAGCACGCUGGUCAAUCACAUCAAGACGCACACCGGCGAGAAGCCGUACAAGUGCAAGAUCUGCGAGGUCAACUUCCGGCAGGUGGCCACGCUGAACAACCACAUGAAGAUCCACACCGGCGAGAAGCCCUACAACUGUUCCUACUGCCCCAAGCAGUUCCGGCAAAAGAGCACGCUGCAGAACCACCUGAGGGUGCACACCUGUUAGACUCACUCCAGAUCCAGAUCGAGAUCGCCAUGCGAUUCAGGUCCGCAGCCAGCCAGCCAGUCAAGCAGCCAAGCAGCCAUUGAGGAAUAGUGCAAUAUGCAUGCCACAUAGCACAUACACUUAUUGUUCGCAUAUACGGCAUACGAAUACGAUUACAUGAAUACUAUAUUUGAAUAUAUACUCGAAAGUGUUAUUUA